CAGCGGCAGCGCCGGCAUGUCGUCCGGCACCAUGAAGUUCAAUGGCUAUUUGAGGGUCCGCAUCGGCGAGGCCGUGGGGUUGCAGCCCACCCGCUGGUCCUUGCGCCACUCGCUCUUCAAGAAGGGACACCAGCUGCUGGAUCCCUACCUGACGGUGAGCGUGGAUCAGGUGCGCGUGGGCCAGACGAGUACCAAGCAGAAGACCAACAAACCCACGUACAACGAGGAGUUCUGCGCCAACGUCACGGACGGAGGCUCCCUGGAGCUGGCCGUCUUCCACGAGACGCCCCUGGGCUACGACCACUUCGUGGCCAACUGCACCCUGCAGUUCCAAGAGCUGUUACGCACGGCGGGCACCUCGGACACCUUCGAGGGCUGGGUGGAUCUGGAGCCAGAAGGGAAAGUGUUUGUGGUAAUAACCCUAACUGGGAGUUUCACUGAAGCCACUCUUCAGAGAGACCGAAUCUUCAAACAUUUUACCAGGAAGCGCCAAAGGGCUAUGCGAAGGCGAGUCCACCAGAUCAAUGGGCACAAGUUUAUGGCCACAUACUUGAGGCAGCCUACCUACUGUUCUCACUGCAGAGAGUUUAUCUGGGGAGUAUUUGGGAAGCAAGGUUAUCAAUGCCAAGUGUGCACCUGCGUCGUCCAUAAACGCUGCCAUCAUCUAAUUGUUACAGCCUGCACUUGCCAAAACAACAUUAACAAAGUGGAUUCAAAGAUUGCUGAACAGAGGUUCGGAAUCAACAUCCCACACAAGUUCAACAUCCACAACUACAAAGUGCCAACGUUUUGCGAUCACUGCGGCUCCCUGCUUUGGGGGAUAAUGCGACAAGGACUUCAGUGUAAAAUUUGUAAAAUGAAUGUACAUAUUCGAUGUCAAGCAAACGUGGCCCCUAACUGUGGUGUAAAUGCAGUGGAGCUCGCCAAGACCUUGGCAGGAAUGGGUCUCCAACCUGGAAAUAUUUCUCCAACUUCGAAACUCGUUUCUAGAUCAACCCUAAGGCGACAGGGGAAGGAGGGCACCAAAGAAGGAAAUGGAGUUGGAAUGAAUUCUUCUAGCAGACUUGGCAUCCACAACUUUGAGUUUAUCCGAGUGUUAGGGAAGGGGAGUUUUGGGAAGGUGAUGCUGGCUAGGAUAAAGGACACGGGAGAGCUCUAUGCCGUGAAGGUGUUGAAGAAGGACGUGAUCCUGCAGGAUGACGACGUGGAGUGCACAAUGACCGAGAAGAGGAUCCUGGCCCUGGCCCGUAACCACCCCUUCCUCACCAAGUUGUUCUGCUGCUUCCAGACACCCGAUCGUCUGUUUUUUGUGAUGGAGUUUGUGAAUGGAGGUGACCUGAUGUUCCACAUUCAGAAGUCCCGUCGUUUCGAUGAAGCUCGUGCACGCUUCUACGCAGCAGAGAUCAUUUCGGCACUCAUGUUCCUGCAUGAGAAGGGCAUCAUCUACCGAGAUCUGAAGCUGGACAAUGUGCUGUUGGACCACGAAGGUCACUGUAAGCUGGCAGACUUUGGAAUGUGUAAGGAGGGGAUCUGUAAUGGAGUCACCACAGCCACAUUCUGUGGCACACCGGACUAUAUUGCUCCAGAGAUCCUCCAGGAGAUGCUGUAUGGGCCAGCUGUUGACUGGUGGGCCAUGGGCGUGCUGCUCUAUGAGAUGCUGUGUGGCCAUGCCCCCUUUGAGGCGGAGAACGAAGAUGACCUCUUCGAGGCCAUACUGAAUGAUGAAGUGGUCUACCCUACCUGGCUGCAUGAAGAAGCCACAGGGAUCCUGAAGUCUUUCAUGACCAAGAACCCCACCAUGCGUCUGGGCAGCCUCACUCAGGGAGGUGAACACGCUAUCUUGAGACAUCCUUUCUUUAAGGAAAUUGACUGGACCCAACUGAACCAUCGCCAGGUUGAACCACCUUUCCGACCCAGAAUUAAAUCUCGAGAAGAUGUCAGUAAUUUUGACCCUGACUUUAUAAGAGAAGAGCCAGUCUUAACUCCAAUUGCUGAGGGACAUCUUCCUAUGAUUAACCAAGAUGAGUUUAGAAACUUUUCCUUUGUGUCUCCAGAAUUGCAACCAUAGCCUUAUGAGGAGUGAGAGAUGGAAUAAGAAUCAGAAGGGAAUUGAGAUUUUCCAGGAAUUUCCAUUGUGAGAACUCAAGUAUCUGCCUUAGAACAACACCAAAUUUACCUUCUAGGAGCAAAUGUUCACAACUCUGCGAAAGACAGGAUAUCAAUUUCAAGUCUCAAGGAAUUCUUGGUACUGGAAGUAGUUGAUCCUGAAAUAAGAUUUUAUGAAGAUAUGUACCACACAACCUAGGAGUUUCCAUGGCUGUGUCAGACUUGAGCUACUAACAUGAGCCAAAAUAAGAGAACAUAUGAAGAAUAAAGCUAUUGGUCUUAGAAGUCCUGAGCCAAAUAGGCUUUUUACUUUCAGAGACAAUCAAGACCACUCCAUGCUCUUCUUUAAGCCAAUGAAUCAUGCUACAGUCUACAACAAGACUCAAUACUAAUGAAGAAUGUAAAGGUGUUUCUAAGAAAAUGAAUGGCUUUCCAAAUCAAAUCAUUUAUACUGAAGAAACAACAACAAAAAUUUGACACUGAAAAACAGUCUCCCAACUUAAAGCCCAGAAUUGGGCAUCAAGACAGUUACCAUAGCAUACACUUCUUUAAUUUCAUGAACCAUAUAUUUAUUGAGCAUCCAUGAAGCAUCCAUAAUGUGUCAUCACACCUGGUAACAGCAGUUAGAGGUGCCUUCAUGAAGCUUUCAGUUACUCUGGGUUCCACUCAUUUAUUUACCUGAAUGGUGUUUGCAUUCUGUGAGAUGCCUCUCCACAUUGCCUGUGACAUCCUUCUUUGUCUGAACAUCCUCCCUUUUUCACAGAAGAAAUCACCACCACAGCAGCAGCACAGCCAGCAGGAGAGAUGAUGGUGCAUGCCACUUGCUGACCUAUGGAGUCUGAUCAUGUCUAUAUUGUUCCCAGCUCAUUGGUGAAGAAUCGCACGCCAUACCUGUCCAGGACCCAUUGUGUAGCUUAGCCAUUCAUAGUUUAUUUAUGUUUCCAGAGACAAGUUUGUUGGAUAUAAACUUCAAUAAUUAGGAAUGGAUCUCUUGUAAACAGGGCUAGAGAAAAGACAGGCUUUACCAUGUGUAACUGUAUAUGCAAUUGGAGAAUUUUAUCUGGCUGGAAAUAAAUACAUUUUGUAACAAAAGGA